UAUUAUGGUCUAACCCAACAGUUCGAGAGGAAAUAGUCCAAUUGUUGGGACUAAACAUGAGUACCAAGGGGGCUGCAGAGGACAAGAUCCUUAACCACAAGGGGAUAUUGUUGCAGGAGCUGUUUUCCUUGAAAGGAUGCAAGGACGUUGGACUGCAAUCUGAUGAUGGUCCUAGAAGGAAACUACGGACAUCGUUCUUUACAAACGGCCUUACCCUAACACUUCUUGCCUAUGACACAUCGAAGCAAAAAAGAGCAGUCCAGGCUUCUUCAAGUGCUCAGCAGGGAUCCUCGUCUUCAGGCCAUGGUGCAGGUGAUGGUGGUGAUGAUGGAGACGACGACGGAAAUGAAGAUGACGAUAUCUUGCUAGGUAUCAGCGAUAUUGACUUGCUGGAAGUUGAUGAACCAUUCUUAGAUGGCGACGAGGGAGAAAAAGCAGCUGAAGAAGGUACAUCGAGCACAAAUCCACUGUUCCCGGUGAGUCCCAGUCCCCGGCGUGAGAUCAACUGGAAGCAGAGAUCCCGUCUCCUCGAGAAUGUAGAAGUUAAAUAUGACACCCAGGCAGCAUGCCCUCCCCCCGAAAGUACCAUUAUCAUUGGGACCGAUCCAGGCGAGAGGUACUCGAUGAAAAUUGCAAAGUUGGAUCCAAGGAAACCUAACGAACGUGAGAUCCUCCGGAUUUCUAGAGCGUGCCUUUACAAACCAUCCAAGAAGUUUCAGGGCGAGCUAGAGAGGCGAAAGCUUAGAAAAGGAAUUACAGAGAUUGAAAGCAAUAUUCCGUCAUUCUCAAGGCCUACUUUAACACAGUAUUUCGCUUAUAUGAGCUUGCUGCCAAAUCAAGCUCCAUCAAGUACUGGAGGUAGUUUCUCUGGUAGUGGAGCUGGGACCUGUAGUAGCAGUGGAGCUGGGGCCAGUAGUAGCAGUGGAACAGGGACCGGUAGUAACAGUGGAGUUGAGGUGAGUAGUAGCAAUGGAUCUGGGACCAGUGGCGACAAUAGGAAGACUAUAUAUAGGGCGCUUGUCGAUUUCUAUAAUGAUGGAUGGUUUGUUCGGAAUAGCUGGGAUAAUAGAAAAGCACAGAACGGAUGCGUUGAUUAUGUGAUCAAGGCAAUUCUGAAGCUUGCGGGCGGAAGCAAUGGAAGAAGAAGAGAUGCCAAUACGAAUGCAAUGAUCUGUAUUGGACUAGGAUCAUUCAAGACAAACCGAGGACAAGUAUCGAAGCAUGGGAUAUUGAUGAAGAAGCUUGUUGAAAAGGCAAAAUCUCUAGACUACCCCAUUGCAGGUUGUCAUGAAUACUACACAUCUGCCAAGUGUCCACGGCCUCACUGCGACAGUAUAUUGGAGAAUGUUCCUUUUCGAUCCAAGUACUGUCGAAAUUGUAAAGCAUACUUUGAUCGAGAUGCUGUUGGUGCUGAGAACAUCGCAAGGGUCUGUGAGUCGCAGAUAAGAGAGCAAAAACGACCUGCAAAAUAUAUGCCGCCGGACGGAGGAACUGAAGGCCAAGCUUCUAGCGGUAGUGGCGACGGUGGAGGUAGUGGUGGCAGUGGUGGCAGUGGUGGUGGUAGUAGCAGACCCACAAAAAGGAAAUUUUCAGAUGAAGGAGGAGGAGGAGUAGAGGGAUCAAGACCACCGAAAGGACCUUUGCUGGGUCCAGGAGGAGGGGGAGAGACAAGCCGGCAACAACAGUAGGACACAAUCUACUACAAACAUGACUAGGUCCAGAAAGGCCU